AUGGAUGGCUUCGCCUAUUUUUAUUUGAACAAUGCGCCCAGACACCAUAAUGGUACUGCCUAUCGCCAGUCGCAGCGUGCUGCUUCUGGCCAGGUGAAUCCUACUUCUUCUCAACCCUCCUCGCCUCCGUCUCCUUCUGCUUCUCUCCCAUCCUCGCCUCCAACAUCGCCGCUCUCCCUGUCCCGCUCGACUUCACCUUUUCGUAGAUCACGUCGCAGACGGACUUCUGCUGCAACCACCGGCUCAGAUCCUCUCUUCGACCUUUACAGAAAAGACUCUGCUUCUUCGGACGUGACAACGAAGCCUGGAGACAUGGACGCAGCGACAAUUCGCGAACAACGACAAGGCACAAGCGGUAGCAUUUCUUCUACUGCCAGCGGUUCAUCUCACAACUUGCUCGCCAACCCUUUCGAACUACGCCACGGUCGACGGUACCUACGCGAUGUACCCUACCCUCUACCGUGCGACCUCUCAGAGAUACAACGCCAGUCACUACGAACACUGUUAGGCGCUACAGUCCUCGGCAAACCAUCAUGCGUACCGAACAUUGCCAAAAACGUACCGAAAAGAGUUUUGGAACUGGGUUGUGGAAGUGCUUUCUGGACGGGCAGUUGCCACGAAUGGUUCACAAGCCUGGGACAUCCCGAUGUUGAGUUUACAGGACUGGACUUUGCACCGCUGGCACCGGAUCUUCGACGACAGGGUGUGAAUUGGAAAUUCGUACAGCAUGAUUUCAGACGCUAUCCUUGGCCUUUUGAGAAUGAUUCAUUCGACUACAUUAUGCUGAAGGAUUUGUCCUUGACUGUACAGAUGGGUCACGACUCACAGCGGUUUGUGGACGAAACAUUACGAAUCCUGGCUCCUAAAGGCACACUUGAGAUCUGGGAAUCAGACCAUGUAUUGCGAUGUCUGCUACCACAACCGACACCGCCCAAAGGCAUGACAGCAGAAGAAGAAAAGACGUGUCGAGACACAAAAACCUAUCUCAUUUCCACAGCCACGCCAUUCGCACCCGCACAGAACAGAUACAUAGCAAACUCCAAUACCUGGAUUCAUACUGCCCUGGACAAGCUCAACCUGCCCUCUUCACCCUGCACCCGCAUGGCCGAGAUUCUGUACCAGGAAACUUCGCUUGUGGAUGUGACGUCUCGCCGCAUCGCCAUCCCACUAGGACAAAUGCGAUGGGAGAAAGACUCGGAGGGAAAGCUGAUCCGCUCAGGCAGCAGUGGCAAUCUCUUCGGCACCAUCUCGCCCAAAGCAGGCAAAUCGAAGGCAAGCGGAGAAGCAAUGCUCACAGACGACCAAGCAGCCGUACGCUCCACAGCCAUGCUAACCGUCAUCCAAAAGAUCGAGUCAUUAGAACCUCUGCUCAAAGAAGCCAGUGGCAAGAACUCUGAAGAGUGGACGAGGUGGUGGGCUGGUAUGAUGGCCUCGUUGCUCGAUCAAGAGAAUAGUGGAGGUGGCAGUGAAGUUCUGGAGAUCGGAGCUUGGUGGGCUACCAAGUGUUGA